GAUGAAUAGAGCAGAAGAAGAAGCAGCAGAAAGAGAGCAUUUUGUUGUUUAGUUGGUUUAACUGCAGUCUGCAGUGGAGUGGGGUGGAGAUAAUUCUGCGCAUGCAGAGCUCUGCUUGCGGAUUGAUGGUUAUACUAAUCCACCGCUCUCUUCUGGAGGAGUAGGAGAUGUAGACAGAAAUAAAGAUCUAUAGACUGCUGCAUUUGUAUUGAAUUUUGAGGCCAGAGAGGGUCAAAACUAAAUAAAAUGUUGGCCUUGAAAGCAGCUGUCAGAUUUUAAUUCAUUAUCAAUCCCCCCCAUGUCACUAGUGUCCCUAUUCUCAUCCCAGUCCCACAUAUGGACAGCAAUCCGAUAAAAUGCGGAGGAGGUUCUUCGUCGUUGUUUUUGCCUCCAAAGUCCAAACCCCCACCUCACUCAACACCAACAAUGUGGUUCUGUUUUUGACGGUGGGAAGCUUGCAUUUUUGAAGAAAUCGAGGAAACAUACGCUCAGAAUGGGGCGUGUGGGGUCGGACGGUGAAGCUGAGCUUCGUCUUAGCAGCAGAAAUAGUACUUCCAAUGAAGGAUUUAAGUUUCCCAAAAAGUUUAUGAAAGGUGACUGCACUACUGUUUGUAAUCUCUCUGUUCCCAGGAAGUUACGAUCAGCCAUGAAGAAGAGAAGUCGUGAAUCUGUUUCUCCACCAUUGCCAGUUUGCAAGAAGCUGACUCGUGUAGCCGGUGGAGUUGAAUUACUAACAAAAGAUGGUUCCACGAAAUACAAGCUGAAAAUGAAACAGAGUCAAGCUCAUGGCUGUGUUGCAGACGGGACCCAAGGGCCUGUCACCAAGGAUGAGGAAGAAGUGGCGGAGGCCUUAUAUGCUUUGGCAGGAGUCUUCUCUAACACUGACAAGACAGAUAAGGCUGGAUCCGCUGUUCAAGAAUUGGGAAUAAAUUCUUCCAACUUGACAAAAGCUGAGAGUCUUUUAACUCCAAUUGAUGACAUGGCAGUAGGGAAGGUGGAAGAGGAGGUUAAGGCAGUAAGUUAUGGAGAUGAGGCACCUAAUCAUUCGUCAAAUCCAGAACACUCAGGUGGAGAAUCUAUCAUACUUCAUUGGCAAAAUGGCACUUCACAGCCUGAUAUCUUGGUUGGCAAGCAGACAACCAUUGAAGUGGGUAGUGAUAUUCCUGAAGUAAAUCUUCCCUUGACAACUUUCGAAUCUGAUAAACAACAAACCAUCCAAAAAACAUGUGACUCUGUUGUUUCUGAGGAUUGGAGUGAGUUGAGCAAGACAAGGUCAAAAUUGCCAAAUCUUAAUAAAAGCCUAGCAAGCGUCAAGUGUCCAACAACUGUAUUGGCACCGAUUGCAGCUGCUUGUGGCCAAGCUGAGGUACAACAUACCAUCAAGGAAACCAGAAAUAAUGGUUCCUCAUUGAGGCCAGAUUUGCCUUCAAUAACAUCAUGUGACACUCAGGAGCUGGGAAUUCCCUUGCAGCCACAUAUUGCUAAUCAUCCUGCUUGGUUUGAAAGUACUAGUUGCUCUGCACAGUCUCCAAAAUUGAGUAGUAGUGUCCUAGCUAAAAAGGAUGCUCAAGUUUCCAUUCGUUCAAAGAAUCCAUGGAAGAGAUGUAUAGCUCAUGUUUAUAUUAGUCGAUUCAUUAAGGUCCUCCAAAUCACUGAAAGAAAAAACAGAUCAAUAAUGCUUUCUUCGGAACUCGGAACAAAUGAAGCACCAAAGCAAGUGGCGCGUAUACCUGUUGCUAACCUAAAUGAGGGGAGGAACGGUAUGACUGGAGUUGUUAGUUCUGACAGUUUCAGACGCGCUGCUACUGAGAAAUAUGCAACUGAAGUGAGAAAUGCUGUUCAUUUGCACAAGAGACUCAUUCAAGAUCAGCAGCAGGCUCCAUAUGAGGUCUACAAUGCACAGAAGCAGAGCUUAGAUUGCUUAUCUUUGCUGGCUGGAAGUGGUCAGUUGGAAAUUAGUAAUGGCAUUAAUAGAGCAGGAAAUGGUCGGGAAAUCUCAACACAGCUUCCUUUUCCUGGCCUGCUCUCCCAGAAUCAACCAUCCAUUCCCUUUCCAGUGCCCCAAAAUUGUUACUCGUCUCCAUCUUUCUCUAGUCAUCCUUCAGUAGCCAUGGGGCAGAAGUUCCAGGUGCCCCCGAAUGUUGGCAGCACAUCUUAUGGUGCUACCCUUAUGGAUGCUACUCUCUCGUCAAUACAGCAGCUAGAGGAGCAACAACAAAAGCGCGCUUCGCUGUUAAUGACUCGUUACAAAUCCGGAGUUGCCCCGCCAGUUAUACCAAACAAGCAAACUGAAGGGCCAGACAUUCCUCCUGUGUUUCAGCAUGUACAAACCCUUUUCUCACCUUCCCUAUCUUCUGUAGAAGUACUCGGCGCCAGAUAUGCUCCAGUCUUGCAACAGCAGCUUCUGUCUGCUACUUCACUGUUGCCUUCUCCAACAGUGAAAGAACAAUAUCAUCAUCUCCCUUCUGUCCAUGAAGCAAAUGUAGGUGGAGUACGAUCUGACAGUGUACCCUUGCGGAUAAUCUGCAAUCAGUAUAUUUAAUUGCUAAAUUGAUCAACAAAAAAUUUAACUAUUACAAAUAAUUUAAUUCAAAUAUAGGAGAUACAGAAAUUUGCUAUUGUGAGAACGAGUCCAACUGGCUUCUAUGUAAAGAUGAUUCAUUACCUUUGCGUGCA